AUGGCCAGUUUCCUCCAGCUCCUGCUGGCCUGGUUGGGAGGCUGCGGCUGUGCAGGCCGCCUCAUGCCGCCCAGCCAGGGUGCCAGAGCCGGGUCCCUGCGGGGGAACAUGUCUCAGCGCUGGGAGCGCCCGCUGAUGAGGUCCCGUCGCAGCUGGGUCUGGAACCAGUUCUUCGUCAUUGAGGAGUACGCCGGACCGGAGCCCGUCCUCAUUGGGAGGGUGAGCUGCAGGACAGCUGGGCCCCACGCUGGCCGGCGUGGAGGGCUGACGAGAGGCAGCCUGGACCUAUGGGGUGCAACCCUACCUUUUGCAAAGGGAUAGAUCCUAAUUGUUGGGCCCACCAGACCUUGCGACAUGGUUUGCAAGGCCGGUUCAACCAGGCUGCCUGCCCUACAUCAUUUAUGUGUGGGGCAGGUAAGAGUGAGACUCAGCCCAAAGGAUGUUUCCUGGCCACAGCGGAUCAGCUGACUGGAAGUGCCUGCAAUGCCGCUUUCAAAGUGCCGGGCGAGGGAGACAGUGUGGAGUAGUGGUUAGAGCGCUGGACCUGGGUUCAAAUUCCUGUUCAGCCAUGAAGUCCACUUUGGGCCAGUCGCUAUCUCUCUGCCUAAUCCAUCCCACAGGGUUAUUGUGGGGGUGGGGGGGUGGAGAGGGGGAGACGUAUGGGUGCUACCUUGAGGUCUUUGGAGAAAAGGUGGGAAUGCAAUAAGAUUUCCCGCAGCGCUAUUUCCGGCAGUGCUUUGAACUUCUGACAGAGACUUGUGGCCACGAAUGAGGAAUCUGCGGCCCUGCAGAUUUUGCUAGGACCCAGAUCCCAUCAGCCCCAGGCAGCAUGUCCAAUGAUCAGGGAUGAUGGGAUCUGGAGUCGCAGGCAACCUUUGGAGGGCCACAGGUCCCCCACUCCUCCUGCCUAAACCUCCUGAGGUUUUAUUCUGAAUUGAUUUUAGAAUGUAUUUCAAUUAAUUGAUCAUGAUUUUAUGUAAACUGUGUUACUUUUACUGUUAGCUGCUCUGAGCCGGCUUUGGCUGGGGAGGGCGGGAUAUAAAUAAAUUUAUUAUUAUUAUUAUUAUUAUUAUUAUUAUUAUUAUUAUUAUUCCUCCUUUCAGGCUCCUGCCUCAGCCCUUCUCCUCUCUCCCUCAUUCCUGGACCCUCCUUCCCUAGGCCCUAAUAGCCCACCCCAAUAUUGCGGAGUUUUGCGCUUAGAAGCAAGCUCUCAGGCCUUUUUUUUCAGAAUUCUCAUCUGCACAAUAGCUUCCUGGAACGGACUCAGGGAAAAUGAUGUCUAAAAAAAACAAAAAACACACACACAAAAUUUUCCCCAGACAACCAGACUGAAAGCCAUUUAUUGCACACAGGAUGCAGAAACAAUAUAAUAUUCAUUUCUGACUGGCUUUCAGUCAAGAUGUCCCUGGCUCGAAUGGCACCUGAGCUGUGAACUAAUUUAGACACGCUGCAUUUAUCAGCCUCAAAGCGCAGUACAGUAAUAAAUGAGCAAGUUGGUCAGCGGAGGGGAUGGGAGCUGGCGCAAGGCAAGAUUCUCGCACCUGAAGAUGUGGGCGCACAAGAUAUAUUGUUCCUUGAACACUGGAUUAUUGUACAUGAAAAAGCAGUCUUGCUUGUUAAGCCACCUCUGCCCCAAAGUGUUAUGAUACCAUUUUAAACAGGCGUGGCUUCCCCCAAGGAAUUAUGGGAAUUGUAGGCGGUUACAGGUGCUACAAUUCCCAGAGUUCCCGGGAAGAGAGAUUGGUGGUUACGCCACUCUGGGAAAUGUAGCCUCGGGAGAGGAAUAAGAGGUCUUCCGAACAACUCUCAGCACACAGGAUUCUUUGGGGAAAGCCACGGCUGGUGUAAAGUUUUAUUAUAGCACUUUUAACAUAAGGUGUGAAAGUAGCUUUGGUAACCUUGGCCACCUGCCCAGCCCAUCACUUUGAUUGGAGCAAGUCAACCAAUGGUAGCCAGGGAAUGCUUGGCAUUAGGGCAGCUCAGCCAAUCACCGCCAGCGGUUUCAUUGCCGCUGCUUCACCAUCACCACCCAGUCCCUUACAUUAGGACAGCGUUCACCGCCCUGGUGCCCUUGGGAGGUUUUGGACUACAACUUCCAGCAGCCCACCUGUCAUGUAUGUUGAGAUCUAGUUGAGAUUACCCCGUUGCAGGGGGUUAGACUAGAUGACCCUCCGAGUCCCUUCCAGCGCUACAGUUCUGUGAUUAAUUCGGCUCCCAUUAGCCUCAGCUGCGUUUGGGGGCUGCGCUCCCAAACUCAUGGUUAGCAAAGGCUGUGUUAGGGUUAUAGAUUUAAAAAUAUUUUUUUUACCGAGUUCCAUGUCUUUACUCUCUUUUUCCUCUGACAGCUUCACACCGAUGUGGACCGGGGCGAGGGCCGCAUCAAGUACGUCUUGACCGGAGAGGGGGCCGGCACGGUCUUCGUGAUCGACGAGAAAACGGGCAACAUCCACGUCACCAAAACCUUGGACCGGGAGGAGAAAUCCCAGUAUACGUUGCUGGCCCAGGCUGUGGACCGGGCCUCUAACCGGCCUUUGGAGCCGCCGUCUGAGUUCAUCAUCAAAGUCCAAGACAUCAACGACAACCCACCGGUCUUCCUCCAUGGCCCUUACCACGCUACUGUGCCCGAAAUGAGCAACGUGGGUGAGUUCAGUGGCCUGGCUAGUGGCCCUUAGCUGACCCUUUGCAGAGUACCCUUUUUGAUAAGGUUUUAUUGGGCCUUUUCCUAAUGCAAUUUUUGAAAAAACAACCCGCCAAAUUUAAACAAAAACAGAAACGGAAAAAAGACGAAGGCGAAUGCAACAUCUUCUCUCACAGGUGGAUCUUAACCCUUGUCUCACACAGGAAGAGGUCGACCCUCCCAGCUCUUAGCUGGGACCUUUCCUUUCUUCUCCCUGUCUCCCACCCUGCUGCAGCUGGCACUCUUUGGGCUGGAAGGGCAGAAGGCAUGGAAAACGACAGGAGGCAGAGCCAAUCUUAAGGCCUCCUCCACGCCCUAAAGUGCUGUGGUGCUGCUUUAAGCAGUCAUGGCUUCCCCCAGAGAAUUCUGGGAGCUGUAGUUUGUUAAGAGUGCCGAGAGCUGUUAGGAGGCGCUUAUUCCCCGCAUGGAGCUACAGUUCCCAGAGUUCCCUGGGAAGAGGCCUUGAGAUCGGUAAAGCACUCUGGGAAGUGUUGCUUAUGGGGGAGAGAGUCUUCUAACGACUCUCCUGACUCUGAGCAAACCAAAGUUCCCAGAAUUCCUUGGGAGAAGCCAUGACUGGUAUCAUAACGCGGAGCAUAAGUCCUUUCUGAGUCCUACAAGGGGCAACACAGAGAAUAAGGAGGAAGAGGAAGCUCACAGGCGGGGUCCCCCUCUGGGCUGGACGUAAGAACAUGAACAGCUCAACACCACUGCGUGGUGAGCUUCCCACAGGUAUGGGGUUGGCCUUGUGUAAAUAUGGAAGACCAUACACUGUUGCCUCUUGCAUCUUCCUGCAUCUGGAACAUGUCCGUGUCUGGACCCCUCCUUUUAUUGUCUUCUUGCUUCCCCACACAAGAGAGAAGGGGAGCCAUGGGAUGGGAGAGGGCUGUUGCGCCCGAAUCUUGCUUGCAUGUUUCCCACAGACAUCUGGUUGGCCACUGUGAGAACAGGAUGUGGGCCUAGUCCAGCAAAGUAGUUCUUAUGUCCAUAUGAAGGAAUCUGGAGGAGGGAAGAGGAGCCAUCCAGAGUCUCAGCCCAAUUCCUCCCCUUCCUGUUUUUUCCGGGAGGGGGGCACAUUAUGGGGGGGAGAUUGCCCAUUUUGCUGGGUGCUCCAAUUCCUCCUUCUCCAGGCUCACAGAGAACACAGGCGAAGAGUUUGAGGUGAAAUUGCGGGAGCUAUUCUAGAUGCCCUCCUGAGCCACCCAAAUACCUUGGGUUGGCCCCGUGUGCUUUUAAGUGUGUGAAUGGCAUCCCCAGACGAUGAUUCAAAUCAGAACCAAACUUGAAGCCGGGUUGCACUCCUCACAUGACAUUAUCCGACCCCUGAGAUGCCAGAUUUCCUGCUACAUACCAUGCCCACCAAAGUCCUACAGGACCUGACCCUCCCUGAGGCUGGUAGCCAUUGAUAGCCCUCUUCUCCAUGAAUUGUCCAGUCCUCUUUUAAAGCCAUCUGAGUUGGUGGCCAUCAUUGCUUCCUGUGGGAGAGCGUUCCAUAGUUCAACACUGCACGAAGAAGUUCUUUCUUUUAUAUACAGUGGUACCUCGGGUUAAGUACUUAAUUCGUUCCGGGUCCGUUCUUAACCUGAAACUGUUCUUAACUUGAAGCACCACUUUAGCUAAUGGGGCCUCCCACUGCUGCCGCGCCACCGGAGCACGAUUUGUGUUCUCAUCCUGAAGCAAAGUUCUUAACCCAAGGUAAUAUUUCUGGGUUAGUGGAGUCUGUAACCUGAAGCGUAUGUAACCCGAGGUACCACUGUAUCCUGAAUCUUCCAUCAUUCAGCAUCCUUGGAAGUCCAUGAGUUCCCAUGUUCCACUUCUCUUCCAAAUCAAAAGUCAGAAGUGCAUGUUGACUUUUCGUAUGUUAAGUGGACGAACUGCCCAGCCUCAGAUAAAUCUACCCCCUCUGUGUUUCUGCAGGAGUUGUUGAUCUCAGAAUGCCUCCUAACUGGAGGCAGACGAGGCCUGCAACUCACAAAGGGAGGUAAAGCCUGUAGCCCAGGCUUCCUCAAACUUGCCCUCCAGAUGUUUUGAGACUACAAUUCCCAUCAUCCCUGACCACUGGUCCUGCUAGCUAGGGAUCAUGGGAGUUGUAGGCCAAAAACAUCUGGAGGGCCGCGUGUGAGGAAGCCUGGUGUAGCGUCUUCUCAGGGCAGGCAAAUCCACUAUGGCUGCGUACACUCUGUUCCUUUAAAGCACAUCUGAAGGACAUUGUUUCCCCCAAAGAAUUAUGGGCACUGUAGUUUCUUAAGGGUUGCUGGGAACUGUAGUUCUGUGAGGGAUGAGCUGCGGCUCCCAGAAUUCUCUGAGGGGAAAGAAUGGGCUUUGAAGGCAAAGUGUGUGCACGGCCUGUGCCUCUUUAUUGGGCCUGAUUGAACGCUCGAGUCACACCCCAUGCUGGCUCACAGCCGAAAUUACCUAUUCCCCUGCGGAGGCUGAGUAGAAUGAGACACGGCCAGGGUGGUGAAUCAUACAGAGGCACAGCAGGGAGCCUCCCUUUAUGGGGUGAGUACUUUGGGAGGAGGGUGGAGACAGGUACUUUUGAUGAUUUAAUAGUAACUUUUCAGGGUUGCGGGAUUGGGAACGACAGCAACCACGCUGCAACCUGCCAGAGCUUUGCGUCUGCAAGCAGGACUCUUGUGAAGAGGCUUGGAGGAGUUCUCAUCUAGCAUUCCGUUUGGAGAUGCUGCUUUUUUUAUAUUGUUAUUUUGGCAUUUUACAGUUUGCUCUUAAUGGAGAAUACAUGUUGGAUUUUUAUGGCUGUUUUAAGAUGCUGUUUGCCUCCCUGGGGGCUCUUUUGAGCAAUGUUUAAAACGUAAGCCUGGCAGGUAGUGCAGGUGGUCUUCCUUAUUUUUAUAUUUUUUAAAAACUUAUUUAUGGUACCUAAGAUGGCUUAUAGUGUUUUUCUGGUGAAUUCUCAACUGUGCCGGGUUCCUGCUUUUCAAACGCCUUACGACUUUGCUCUUUUUGACGGGCCUUCAACAAAAUAGCAGCACUAUGGCCAAGACGGAAACUACGUCUCUGUGCCAACAAGACCCUUCUUGAACUCUGACCUGCGGACUCUUGCAACCAGCAUCCUCAAUAACCUGUGUGUGUUUGGUUUUUCUUUUUUCUGUUAAUCUGCCCCGUUUCUCCAGGUACGUCCGUGAUUCAGGUGACGGCCCACGAUGCGGACGACCCUGCCUACGGGAACAGUGCCAGGCUGGUCUAUACGGUACUCGAGGGGUUGCCAUUCUUCUCCGUCGACCCCCAGACGGGUACACAACGGGGAGGAGGGGGGCAGGUUUGGGGGUGGGAGGGCGAUGGUGCCAGUGUCGCCCCAUUGCGAAGGGAAGAAUGCAGCAAGAGGCCAUUGUUGUGCGCUCUUGGGGACUGGGGCAAGUGGGCGGAUUUGUGAUUUGCCGUGGAAUGGCAGAUUGGCUUGGAAUCACAGAGAUGGUCAUCAAAGCUGAUGGUGGAGAAAGCUUCUUCAGCGGGGAGUGCGACACUCCCUUCCUUGCAUUUUGGAACAACUGGUUAUUAAUAGGCCACCCUUUCUCAACUGGGCAUCCUCCAGAUGUUUUGAACUGCACAACUAUGCCCUCCAUAUUUGGAGGGUGCUAGGUAGGGAAAGGCUGCAAUAGGCCAAGUUUUAACGUUUAGGAAUGAUAGAGCCCCUUACAGAUGUUCUUUUUAUUGGGCGUUUGUUAUUUCAAUACAGUGUGCACCUGCAAAUAUUUUGGGUUGACGCCCUGCCUCGCUUCCAACCAGCGCGUGCCCUGUAACGUCCUGCCGAAAUCCUGUAGCUUUACAUACCACCAAUGCCCUAUUAGUGGGUUUGUUUUUUUACUUCCUUUUGUCGUGUUGCUGCACAGGAGCUCCCCUCCAGAAAGAAAUAACGUGGUUAACAUUGGGGAAGCAUCGCAAAAUAACAUAGGAUGAUGUGGUGACAGUCCACUAUAAAUCCUUACUGAGGCACUAUUAUUGCAUCAGUGGCGCGUUGCAGAGCACACCUGCAACACGGCCCCCUCUCCAAAAUCUGGAAGGGCUCGUAGACAGGCCCUCAAAUCCAAGCCUAUGCAAGUGUGUGUGUGUGUGUGUGUGUGUGUGUGUGUGUGUGUGCCAUAAAGGUAAAGGUACCCCUGACCAUUAGGUCCAGUCGCGGACGACUCUGGGGUUGUGCACUCAUCUCGCUCUAUAGGCCGAGGGAGCCGGCGUUUGUCCGCAGACAGCUUCCGGGUCAUGUGGCCAGCAUGACUAAGCCGCUUCUGGCGAACCAGAGCAGCACACGGAAAUGCCAUUUACCUUCCCGCCGGAGUGGUACCUAUUUAUCUACUUGCACUUGACGUGCUUUCAAACUACUAGGUGGGCAGGAGCAGGGACCAAGCAAUGGGAGCUCACCCCGACAUAGGGAUUUGAACCGCCGACCUUCUGAUCGGCAAGCCCUAGGCUCUGUGGUUUAGACCACAGUGCCACCCGCGUCCCAACUAGUGUGCCAUAGGGGAGGUUUAAAGGUGCUGUCAUGCAGCCUCUGAGUUGCCGCCUUCUUCUCUGCAAGUCUAUCCAAUCACCAGUGACUCAUCCCAUCAACCUCCACCUGUUUGUCCAGCUUCAUGGUCACGUGAACAACAACCUCUGAAUCUGUUGAGUCGGCCACCUGUCUUUACAUUCAUCCAGAUCAUAGUGCCUCUACCCAGUGACUCUGACCAGCCCUGCUUGGCUUCACCUGUCACUUCCUGAAGUGUAGGUGUUGUGGCCCUGGGUGCCCAUGAUAUCCGCUCUGUGUGAUCUGCCUUGGGGCUGCAAUCAGGCAUUUCAGCUCAGCAGUGAUUUCAGCUUGUGGAAGCUAGCCAGGGUUGCAUACCUAGCCUAGCAUCCCAUCCUUGUCUCCAGUGAAGUCUAGGCGGGUUCCCACGAGGCAAGACACAGUGAUAACAGCAAGAACCUUUAUUGAACUACAUUGCUGGGAAACAGAGGCAAAGCAACUGCCUAUAUACAUUUCUGAAAACCUGGGCCACUCCCACUCCCAACGUGAUUGGCUGUCUAAACUUCCAAACUGCGAAUCACGACUCAAGAGUUGAAUAGCCAAUGGCAGAGGCCCAAAUCCUGUAAUGUUCUGCGAUUGGACAACAUGUAUUGAAUCAGAACACGGGAGCUCAGAAUCCUUAGUCCAGACUCAAGCUCAGGCAAACACAGACCACUGAAUACAUAACACUUCCUUCCCUUUAGGUGGAGCUAAUUGAGAGGAUGGAAGGGAAAUUUGCAGGGUGGGAAUCUAUCAUCUGUCUGUCUGUCUGUCUGUCUGUCUGUCUGUCUAUCUAUCUAUCUAUCUAUCUAUCUAUCUAUCUAUCUAUCCUGGUCCUUCACCCACUGCUCCUUUUGCCACUCUCUCUCUCUGAUACUUCUCCUCCUUCCUCCUGCAUUUUAGGUGUGAUCCGGACAGCGACCCCCAACAUGGACCGGGAAACCCAGCAAGAAUUCCUUGUUGUGGUUCAGGCCAAGGACAUGGGGGGCCAUGCCGGGGGUCUCUCAGGAAGCACGACCGUCACUGUCACGCUGAGCGACGUCAACGAUAACCCGCCUCGCUUCCCUCAGAGUAAGUUGGGAAGGGGUAGUCAGCAUCAGACCUUGGUUCUUUCUAUGGAUGCGACCACAUUUUCAUAUGCAGGGCAGAAAGGCUGGUGUGGGGGAGGCUGUGGACAGGACAUGCCUGCCACUUUAUUGGGAGAACAGAGGAUUUUAGAGGUUGACCAGAAACUUCAGAUUUUAAUAAUAAUAAUAAUAAUAAUAAUAAUAAUAAUAAUAAUAAAUAAUAAUAUUUAUUUAUAUCCCACCCUCCCCAGUCGAAGCUGAGCUCAGGGUGGCUAACAACAAUAAAAUAAUACAACAUUCUAAAAUCAUUUCAUUAUAAAAUUAAUUCAAAUCAAAUUGAUGGCAACCAUUGGGCUAGAGUUCUGUGAAGAUUGCCAAAGGAGGGAGCCAGGCUGUGCCCUGGCCAAAGGCUUGGUGGAACAGCUCUGUCUUGCAGGCCCUGUGGAAAGAUGUCAAGUCCCGCAGGGCCCUAGUCUCUUGUGACAGAGCGUUCCACCAGAUCGGAGCCACAGCCAAAAAAGCCCUGGCUCUGGUUGAGGCCAGCCUAACCUCUCUAUGGCCUGGGACCUCCAAGAUGUUUUUGUUUGAAGACCGUAAGUUCCUCUGUGGGACAUACCAGGAGAGGCGGUCCCAUUGGUACAAGGGUCCUAGGCCAUAUAGGGCUUUAAAGGUUUAAACCAGCACCUUAAACCUGAUCCUGUACUCCACCGGGAGCCAGUGCAGCUGGUAUAGCACCGGGUGAAUGUGAUCUCGCAGCAAGGACCCCGUAAGGAGUCCUGCUGCGGCAUUCUGCACCCCCUGGAGAAAGAAGACAGCUGGGAUUGGACCUGAGUUUGGAAAGUAAAGCAAAGGAAAACCCACAAAAGAAAGCAACAAUUCUGAGCUCCCUAGCCACUUUUGCUACUCGUUUCCAUGUUAGUUUGCUAAAUUUGAGCCGCCAGAUAGCUCAGAACUAAGGUCUUGCUAAUCGAAAACAUUGGAUCUGAGCUGUCUACAGGAAAUUUGUCUUGGUUGGUUCUUAACUUUGUUAAGGAGAGGCAAGAUGUUCCUGGGACAGGUUUUGCAAUCUAAUUGGAUGUUUUGUUUACGGUUUAGCCUCGGAGCCUAGCAUAUUAAACGUUUUUUAAUGUAACCACACACAAAACUGCAAAGCGCAUCACAAGGAAGCCUGCGACAACCUCAGACGUUACGUUAUCCUUGACGCUAACAAUUGUUGAAAAAUAUGUAACAGGCGAACAAAUACUGUAAAUGUUUUAAGAGCGUGAUUAUGAAUUAAUGCAGGAUGUUGCAACGUCUUCCUUUCAUAUUCAUGAUGUGUGAAGUCGUAGGGGAGAAGGAAGAUCAGGAAAGGAGACUACGUUUCUUGAAUAAUGAAAUCCAGCCGGUCUGUUCAUGGUAGUCCACUCACCCUUUCCCGCUUCUCACGUAGUCCCAGUUUAGUGGGGCAGAGGACUGAGUGGGGCUGCUUGGAGCACAGCAGGGGUGCUCACACUGUACCUUUAAAGCACAUUCGAAGCACAUUCCCCUCAAAGAAUUCUGGGUGCUGUAGUUUGUCAAGGGCUGCUGGGAAGUGUGACUCAGUGAGGGGUAAACUACACUGCCCAUAAUUCUUUGAGGGGGGGAACGUGCUUCGAAUGUGCUUUCAGGGUACAGUGUGUGCUUAACACAGUCUGAAUCAGUGGCUGCCACUUUGUAGUGUGUAGACGGGGUGGGUGGGGGGUUAAAAUGACUCAAGUCAGAGGCGGCACAUUGAAGCAAUGAAUUCAAGUGACAGGAAAGGACAUUCCGACUCAACAUCAGGAAGUGCUUUCUGUCAAUAAGAGCUGUUUGACAGCGGAACGGUCUCCCUCGGGAGGUUGCGGACUCUCCUUCCUUGGAGAUUUUCAAGCACAGGUUGGAUGGCAAUAAUAAUAAUAAUAAUAAUAAUAAUAAUAAUAAUAAUUUAUUAUUUGUACCCCACCCAUCUGGCUGGGUUUCCCCAGCCACUCUGGGCGUCUUCCAACCAAAUAUUAAAAACAAUACAGCGUCAGACAUUAAAAACUUCCCUAAACAGGGCCACCUUCAGUUGUCUUUUAAAAGUAAAAUAGUUGUUUAUUGCCUUGACAUCUGCUGGGAGGGCGUUCUACAGGGUGGGCGCCACCACCGAGAAGGCCCUCUGCCUGGUUCCCUGUAACCUCACUUCUCGCAGCGAGGGAACCACCAGAAGGCCCUCGGCGCUGGACCUCAGUGUCCGGGCUGGAUGAUGGGGGUGGAGACACUCCUUCAGGUUUACAGGACCGUCUGUCUGUCAUGGAUGCUUUAGCUGAGAUUCCUGCAUUGCAGGGGGUUGGACUAGAUGGCCCCUGGGGGUCCCUACAAUUCUAUGAUUCCAUGACUCUAUGAUUUGGUAGCCUUCAACAGAGAAUUGCUGUGUACACACCGUGCAUUUAAAGCACACACAUACACAAAAAAAAUCCUGGGAACUGUAGUUUAAGGGUGCUGGUAAAUGCAGCUCUGUGGGAAGUAAAUUACAGUUACCAGGAUCCUCUGAGGCAGGGAGAGAUGUGCUUUCAAUGUGGGCUGUGUACACAGUCUACUUCUGCUAGUGCAAGGAUUUCUGCUCAUGCAGCAGAAAUCCCCCUCUGUCUCCUGUCCCCACAUUCACGCUGAAAGGUAUGGGCAGCCCUUAGGAUAUAGGGUGUUGGAGAUGCAAAGAGGUUGAGGGAACGUUCUUUCACAUGUGGUGGACUUGUAAAAGGGUAAAAGAGUAUUGGGAAAUGAUCCAUAAUGAAUAGAAAAAAAUGUUUAAAAGUACUUUUCCAAAACACACACACACCAGAGUCUUCCUUUUCUUUGGGGAUAAUUCAGACUGAGAUUCCCAGGUGUCAAAAAAGGUUAUUUAUGCAUGCUACCACUGCGGCCCGUGUUUCGUUAGCCCAAAAAUGGAAAACGAGUGAGUUCCCAGCUAAAGAAGAGUGGCAACUUAAGCUGACAGAAUAUGUUCAGCUUGCAGACUUAACAUAUAGAAUAAGAGAACAAGAAGAACAUACAUUUAGAGAAGAUUGGAAAAUGUUUAUUGAAUAUAUGGGGGCAAAUUGUGGACACUUGAAAACUUUGGUAGCAUUAAGAUAAAUUCAACUGUGUGAGUAAGUUUUGACGGAUGUAAUAAUGGGAUACUGAAUGCUUUAAGUUUCCGUAAAAUAGGCAGGGAUUUAUAUGCAAAAUGAACCGUGGAAAGAGAAGAAGGGAAGUCAUUGAUGUUUUAAGGAUGUUUAAAUGAGCAUUUUAAACUGUAAAACAGAAAAUUUAAUAAUAGAUAGAUAGACAGAUAGAUAGAUAGAUUUAGGGGGACAUAGAGGGAGAGGAGUGGGGAGGUUCUGCUGGUUAGCCAAAAGUCCUUGCUUUGUUGGCUGCCGCCCAUUCUCUUCCAUACACACGCCUGUUUCCCUGCACUUCCUUCCCAUCCCCCAGGCUCCUACCAGUUUUCCGUGGUAGAGACUGCACCUCCCGGCUCUGCCGUGGGGCGGUUGCGAGCGCACGACCCCGACGAAGGGGAGAAUGCUCUGCUGGCCUACAGCAUUCUGGACGGAGGAGACGGGGCCGAAGCCUUCGCUAUCCACACCGAUGCGCUGGGGCAGGACGGGAUCAUCACAGUGAAAAAGGUUGGUGGAGGCGCCCCCAUUCUGGGGGUACCUUGAAAUUAGGGGGGCUCUGAUCCUCCUUCCUUCCUCCCAGGGACCACCCCCUCCAUUUGCCCCGCAGGCAGCAGAAGAUGGGAGCUGUGGGUUCUGAAGGAUUCAACAAGUUCAUGAAGGGGAAGACCACUGAUGAUGAGGAUGAGGAUUUUAUUUAUUGAAUUUAUAUACCACCCUAUUCCCAGAGGUUUCAGGGCAGUUCACAGAAAAGAUCCCAAUAUAUAAAAUCAAAAUAAGAACAAUAACACCCGCCCCCUAAAAGAGCCACAUUUUAUAUUAUGUCAAUCAGGUCAACCAAAGGCCUUGUUAGAAAGGAACGUUUUUGCCUGGCACCUAAAGGUGUAUAAUGAAGGCGCCAGGCGAAUUUCGCUGGGGAGAGCAUUCCACAGAUGGGGAGCCACUGCAGAGAAGGCCCUGUUCUCGUGUUGCCACCCUCCGGACCUCUCGAGGAGGAGGCACACGGGCCUCAGAAGAUGAUCUCAGGGUCUGGGUAGGUUCAUAUGGUCUUUGAGGUAUUGCAGUCCUGAGCCAGCAGACCAUUUUUAUGUUCUGAUGUCCUUUAAAGCAGUGGAAUAAGUCCUAAUGUCCCAGCAAAUGUGGUCACCAAAAGGAUGCUCAGGAAAGUGGGAUUGAUGAGACCUGGAACUGGCUAAACUGCCAGCCUGGACUGAGCGAUACUGAAUACUCAGUAGACGAUGACUGACAGAGGCUUCCAGCCUUGCACCUUAGUUGUAGCUUCACGGCCUGCUUUUCUUAUUUCCCUGACUCACGCUAAGAAGUGACCCUGACUGUCACUAUUCCGCUUCCGCAAGCAUCCCCACUGCCGUCUUUUGACAUGGGUCUCCCCGUCCCAUAGAGCUCCCCUCCCUCUUUCCCUCCGGUUCCUCGCUCUAACUUGCCCAAACCCUCCCACAGCCCCUCGACUUCGAAUCGCGCCACUCGUACACCUUCCGCGUGGAAGCCACCAACACGCUCAUUGACCCCCAGUACAUCCGCAAAGGCCCCUUCAAGGACAUGGCCACCGUCCGCAUCACGGUGGAGGACGCCGACGAGCCCCCGGCCUUCUCCCGCUCCGACUACCACCUCGCCGUCUACGAGAACAGCCCCCCGGGGACCCUGUUGGGCAAGGUGACAGCUGUGGACCUCGACUCCCCCAGCAGCGCCAUCCGGUAACGGCAAGCGGGGGGCCGCAGGAGCAGGGGUGGGUUGGGGACUGUGCGGAUUAGCAUCUGCCUGCCUUGUGUGUGAAAGUUACAGUUGAUCCGUUUGUACCUGGUUGCCACGACAACCUGAUGCCCCAGGUUCCCCCCCAUCUUCUAGAUACUCCAUCCUGCCGCACACGGACCCCGAGCGCUAUUUCAGCAUCAACCCUCAGGACGGGACCAUUCUGACCUCUGUGCCUCUCGACCGGGAGCUCUUGCCCUGGCAUAACAUGACUGUGGUGGCAACAGAACUUGGUAAGGGACAGGUGGGUUUGGGGAGGGCCAGGUGGGUGGCUCUGGGAUGUGGCGGCAGGGCUUGGGGUAUUCAUUUGCGGGUCGGAUUUCCCCCCGUCGACAGAUACCGCAACCAAUGCUUUUAUUCCGCAGUGUGCAAUAUAUACGCCUAUUUCCCAAUGGGCAAAUAUUUACUCAUUGUCUCUCUUGCUCUUUUUCUCUCUCCGUGCAUCGUUUUGCAUGUGGCUGCCUGCUCGGGAUGCACUUCCUCCUUUGCGACACCUGCCUCGCGCACUUUGCUCCUUUCUGCCAUCUUUGUCCCAUGUGGCUCCUUGCUUGUCGUGAUCACCGCGCACGUCUGAUGUGGCGGCGACACAUUCCUCUGCGUGCCAAUUCUGUGGCCUGCACACCUCACUGUGGCUCUGUUUUUGCAUGGUUGUAUACGCCGGGCGCAAUGUGGCUGCUUGAUCGCGUACAUCUCCCUACCCCCGUGUAAACGCGGCACACCAUGUGCUGGCCCCUCCCUCUCCUUGGAUCUUACGGGGCUGUGUGUGUGCGAUCUAAAAUGCUGUAUUCGCAUGGGUGCCAAUUUCUGUGUACCUGCCUUGUGUUCAUUUUGCACAACCUCCUAACUACCCCACCUUAUGGUCCGCCUGGCAUGCACUCCUGUGCCCCCUCUUUGCCUGCUGUAAUCUCUCUGAUCCUAUGGCUUCGUAUGCACACUUGUCACAUGGAACUGCCCUGGCCUGGGGCGGCUGAUCUGUACGGCUUUCCCCCUUUGCAACUUAAACAUUUUUCAAUUGGGGGGUCCUGGUGAAUUGUCCGUUGUGUGUCCCUCCGUGUCGCCUGCAUUCCAUUCCCGGCAUGUCCCACGUGGCUUUUCCUCGGCCGCCUCACGCUGUGUGUGGGCUGUGUGCUUCUCCCCAUCCCCCCGCUCUUGCCCCCAGACAGCCCCACACAGGCCUCCCACGUCCAAGUGGCCAUCCAGAUUCUGGACGUCAACGACAACCCGCCCCAGCUGGAGCACAGCUACGAGCCGUUUGUCUGUGACAAUGCUGCCCCCGGCCACGUAAGUGCUACCUGGGACCUGAUACGGGUAAUAACACCCACCGGUUUGGCUAUUAGGGUGGAGCUAGGCGGCACAUAUUGUUAUAGGAAUGUACUAGAUAAGAUUUAA